AUGGUGAAAACCAGCUUCAUCUGUGUUUUGGGGCUGCUGGCCCUGGUGGGCAAUGGGACCAUCAUCACAGUCAUUGCCUCCUCUGUGUCCGGCUGGAGUCACAGCACCCGCCUGGUGCUGUUGUCCUUGGCUGCGGCCGAUACCGCCCUGGCAGUGCUGGUGGUGCCCCUCAACCUCUACCGUAGCUUGGUGGUGGGGCCGAUGGCAGCAGAAGGGGAGGCGUCGUCCUGCCGGGCGGUGGCCUUCAUCAACUGCUGCAUUUUUGGGGCUUCCCUCUACUCCUUGGCAGGUGUCUCCCUGGAGCGCUACGUGGCCAUUUUCUACCCUCUGCACUAUAGGCGCCUGCUGAGCCACAGGAGGGUGGUCCUCCUCAUCACCGCUGCCUGGCUCCUGCCGGCCCUUCUGCUGGUGCCGCUGGCCGUGCCGGGCCCAGGAGCCUUGCUCCAAGUUCGCUUCUCAUCCUCAGCCCUGCUGUGUGAGCCAGACUACGGCUCAAACACCACCUACUCCCUCUUCAUAGCAGGCACCAUUUUCUGCCCUGCUGCUGGGACCAUCACCUUUGCCAACCUGUGUCUGUGGCGGGCAGCCCGCUCCCAGUGCCGGCGUGGGAAAGGUGGCAGGGCCCUUCCAGCGAAAGAGGCAGGGCCGAAGAUGCGCUGUGUGCUGCCGUUGGAUGCUGCAGCCCGCAUCCUCCUGCCUGUCGUCAUCGCCUUCUAUGUCUGCUGGCUGCCCUGCAUCGUCACCAUGCUGUACAAUGCUAUCACCCACAAAAGAGUCCAUGGAUGGGUUGAGAUGGUGGCCUUGUGGCUCCCCAUAGGCAGCGGCUUCCUCAACUGCUUUGUCUACUUCUGGACCAACAGGAGCUUCCGGCACAAGUUCCAGAAGAUCGGGCAUAAGCUGUGCUGGCCCUGCUAUAAGGCCACAGAGGACCAAUGGUGGCAGCAGCAGCAGCAGCAGCAGCAACAGCAGCAGGAGCUCCCUACCGUCAGUGCGGCUGUGAGCAGCAUAACCUCCCCCUAAGGCUCCUCCUGCAACAUGAGUCUCCCAGCAUCAGCUUUUCCAAGAAGGCCAAGCCAAACUGUAACAAACCAACACCCAUCCAGGCUCUCCUUACUGAGUUCAGUCUGGUUUGAGGAAACCUUGCUGCAGCAUGAGGGCCAUUCCUGGAGCACAUCUGCAUGUAUCUUUUGGGAGAGACCUGGAUGCCUAAGCAGUUGGAAGGGCAGUUCUGGAAACAGCCAUGCCAGGAAGUGAUUCAAGAGAGGAAACUCAGUGUCUUACUUGGCUGGGCUUCCACUUGGGGGUUAUUUUUGUGACUGGCUGUGCUGAACUAGGCUCUAAGCUGAGGAGGCCAAGGAGCUGGGGACGAGUGCUGUGCCACAUCACGCCCUGACGCGCCUGCUCCCACUUUUCAGAACUGCUUCGCCAAAACAUUGAGUGGUUUGCCCCCCCCCCCAAAAAAAGCACCAGGCAACUGCUGGGAAGAGGUGGUAGAGCAGCCGCAGGCAAAAGUUGUACAAGGGGUGUAAAAGGAAAGCAAGGGUCACUGGAACAUCUAGUUGAGCAGAGAGCUGCCUCCCCCCCCCAUUUAUAUUUCUAUUUCUGUUCUCUCUCUCUAUUCCUCCUCUCUUCACCAUUACAAACACUGCAGCAAUCAUUUUGUUCCCCCAGACCCACGGAAAGGAGACUUGGUGGUGAGGAGAGAAACCCUUUUAAAAAUAAUAAUAGUAAUAAAAUAUGAAAAAUGGUAAGGGUCAUGGUGACUAUUUUAAUGCUCCUUUAGCAGCCAGACUCUGCCAUCUGCUUGAAUUUUAAGAGUAGGGUUUUAGCUAGUCGUUUCCCUCCUCCAGUGUGCUGGGCUGUUGACAGAAAAACACGUGUGGGAGACCCAUCAUCACGUUCCGUAAAAGCCAAGGCUCAUGAACCGAAGAAGAAAUUGCCAUGAAAUGAAAACAUCUGUGAAGUUGAUCUGAGCUGACCUACCCUGUAGGGUCCCCCCCCCUUUUUGGCAUGUUGAAUUGGCCACGGACCCCAUACCAGACUUCAGAACAUCUUGGAAUUUCUUCAUCUCAAGCAGAAGUGGAAAACCUUUGUCCCUCUGAACGCUGCUAAGCUUCAACUCCUCCAGCCCUUGAGAGCAGGGCCAGUGGGAGUCUGGAGGUCCAAAGGCUCUCCACUCCUCCUCUAAAGAGAUUUACUAGGAUGCAGUGGGUUAAAACAGAAGACACGUGCCAGCACUUUCACAAGACUGCAAACCCCACUGAAAAAGACCACCACUUGGAUUCACCUCAUCCCACAGGGGUGGAAAAUGCUUGGGCAACUAGUUCCUUGUUCCCAGAGGCCAUGAUAUAGCAUGUAGCACUCCUGUGACUGUUUUUACAGCAGAAUUCGACCCUCCCUCCCUGUAUCCUGUUGCUGCCCAGUCAGUUUUUACAUAACCUUGUCUCUCCCUGCCCCCACAUCGCUCUCUUCUUCUUAACUAUUUUAUACACUAGUUUUUAAAUGAUUCAGAGUGAGAACAGAGAACUGAAGAGAUCAACGUCUCUGAAUGAAGAGUUCAAGGUUUCUGAUUCAAUUGCCUCCCCCCCCUUAAGAUCCUAGCAGUUACAGACAUGCAGAAACACAAGCCAUUGCAUAGAGAGUGACUAAUUCUCUUGGGAAACUUUUUCCCUCUCUAAGUAGGC